AUGUCUGAAGAAGAAGAAAGAGUGAAAUUGCGCCGUGUUGAGCCAGCUAUCCAGAAAUUCAUUAAAGUGGUAAUCCCUACAGACCUGGAAAGGUUGAGAAAACACCAGAUAAAUAUUGAGAAGUAUCAACGAUGCAGACUCUGGGACCGGUUACAUGAAGAGCAUAUCAAUGCAGGCCGGACAGUUCAGCAACUCCGCUCCAACAUCCAACAAAUGGAGAAGCUCUGUUUGAAAGUCCAUAAGGAUGACAGGGGUGUUUUGAAAAGAAUGAUGGACCCUGUUAAAGAAGCAGCAUCAGUUGCAAUAGCGGAAUUUCUCCAACUUCAUUUGCAAUCUGCAGAAAAACUUAAAAAUCAGUUUAAUGAUGAUGGAACCUCACUUCAUUCUCCCUUAACAAGGUCAAUGACUGUAGGAGAAGCAUUUCGUACUGCCAAAGCUGAAGCUGGUCCCCAGAGUUUGAAUGUCCAGGUAUAUUCAUCACUGCCUGAAAUUCCUCAAGAUCAAAAUGCUGCAGAAUCCUGGGAAACUUUAGAAGCGGAUUUGAUUGGACUCAACCAACUAAUUACUGAUUUCUCUCUGUUAGUGAAUUCUCAGCAGGAGAAGAUUGACAGCAUUGAAGACCAUGUCAACAGUGCUGCUGUGAAUGUUGAAGAGGGAACCAAAAACUUGGGGAAGGCUGCAAAAUACAAGCUGGCAGCUCUGCCUGUGACAGGUGCAAUCAUUGGAGGAGUAGUAGGGGGUCCACUUGGCCUCUUUGCAGGCUUCAAGGCAGGAAUUGCAGCUGCAGUUGGUGGUGGGUUGUUGGGCUUCACAGGUGGAAAAUUGAUACAAAGAAAGAAACAGGAAAUGAUUGCGAUCACUUCCAGCUGUCCAGAUCUUCCUAGGCAAAGUGACAAAAAAUCCAGCUGAAACCAGAUCUGUUUCAUUAGGAUACCAAUAGCUGUGUUGAUGAUGUCCUCUGCCAACAAUAAUGGACACACAGUCAGCUCAUGGAAGACAAGUUUACUGAUAUAGGGAAUGUAGAUGAUCACAUGGAACGGAACUAGGAUCAGAAGAAAUAUUUCAUCAUUUGCCCAGGGCAUUAAUUGAGAUGUUAGUGUUUCAGGAGCCCAGAUG